AUGUCUUGGUGGGAACGACGGAACUCCGAGGUGGACGACAUUGCCCAGGGCUACGCCGACGAGCUGAUCGCCACCGAUGACACAAUCGCCACCAACCCCAAGUUCUUCUCUGAACCCUCAAGUUCUGUAAACGAUGGGGUCUCGACUCCGAGAACUGAUGCCCCUUGUGCAGACUGGAGGAAGACCACCUACACGUCCCCCGCUGCCCUUCCGACUGGGCCAAGACCCAGUGACAACUCCUACUCCAAGAACUCCAAGAAUGGUUCCAGUCCACCGCCACUGCUACACCCAUCGCCCACUUCCUUGGGGCCCUUCUUCGCACCCUCCGCACCCCUAGCAACCAGCCUCAAACAGAGACUCCGUGGUACCGCCUCCACGGUAUGUCUUCUUCCGCCCUCACCCAAGUCUGCGAGGCCCAACUCCGCCUUGGCCCCCAAUGCCUCCUCAAAGGCCUUCUCGUCCACGGCUGGGCCGACCUCCAGCAACAAUUCUACCGCUCUCGCGGUAGUCGCCGAUCCGGUAACCGCUGGGCUGCCAAUCUAA